AUGUCGUUAAGGGUGGCACUCGUGGCGCUGGCUGCAAUUGCGAAUUCAGUUCAUGCUCAAGAUGAAACCAGUCGAGCACCAUGCUCGCAGCUUAGCGCUCUCUCGGCAAACGAUACCAAGUUCUUUCCAGCUGACCUUGCACUCUCGUGUCUGCGCUCAGUACCGCUGGCAAAAGAAGACGACCUUCUCCAACUCAGCGGUCUGCGUACCUUUCUGGAGUUUCAAAGCGAUCUGGACUAUCUUGCAGAUCCGACUGUUGGCCGCAUCUAUCCUGGAAUUGAUCUGUUGGCUGGCUUGGACAAGCUCACCUCCAUGCUAGAGGACGAUAUCUACCAGAACGAACAUGACUUCCAAAUGGAUGUCUUCAAACUCUUCUCGGCGGCUUACGAUGGCCAUCUUUCGUAUAUUCCUGAUAUCGUCGAUGUGUUUGCUUUUGGCAGAUUGCAGAGUGAGGAUGUGAAUGAUGAAGGAAUCGCUAAUUACUUCUCACUGAUCUCGGUUCUGACCGUCGAGAACGAUACUCCGGAUAUCUAUGCAUACAUCGACGAAAAUUCUCUGGCCGAUCCUGGAAACUCCGAUUACAGUCCUUCUCCUGUCACCAAGAUUAAUGGUCAGGAUGUCGUGGCUUGGCUCAACAGCUAUGCAGCUCAGAACGGCCGGUCGCAAGAUCCCGAUGCGAACUACAACCAGGUUUUCGUAAACAUACCCAAGUUGGCAUACGAAGCCGCCGAGACAGACCACUUUGCCGUUUCCAGAUUCUAUCAAGGCAACACUACCAUGCUCACCUUUGCCAACGAAUCUACCCGUGAUGUGAUGACAAGAGCACAGUUGCUGUCUACCAAGACACUAGAGGGUCUUACUGAUGGCGCGAGCUUCUUCGACAGGUUCUGUAACAACAAUCUAACAGAAACGAUUCUGGCACAGGCGAAUGCUACUGGAACAGCGCCUUUGCAGACUACAUCCAACAUUACUCGAGUACCCUAUGAACCUGUCUCAACGGAGGGUGUUGCGCCACCACACCCAGCUUACCCAAGCCCAAUUGUCAUCUCUUCGGAUAAGAGUGUUGCUGGAUACUUCUCCGACACCAUUUCAGACCUUGCGAUUCUUUCUGUACCCAGCUUCUCCACGACCUCCCCUGUGGAGUUUGAGAACGUUGUGCGUCAAUUGUUGGCGACUGCGAGUGACAAUGAACGCACCAAACUCGUCAUCGAUCUUCGUGGCAAUGGCGGAGGCACCAUUUUCCUGGCUUAUGAUCUUUUCCGCCAGCUGUUUCCCACCGAAGUUCCUUAUGGUGCAGGCAACUAUCGCGCAAGCGAGCUCCAUAACUUUACGGGACGUGUCGCGAGCGAGAAUAUCGAUGCACUUAGCGCUGCGUAUCCCGAGUUGGUCAAGUCUGGUGUCGAUGGAGUUGUGCUUAAUAGUUUCAACUACCGCGAGCCGCUGACUGUGGACAACGAGCAAUUUACUUCUUGGGAAGAGUUCUUUGGCCCGCAUAAAACGGAUAGAGGAGAUUUUACCUCGCUGAACCGCUUCAACCUUACCGACAUCUCUGCCACAACAAUACCUAUACUGGGCUAUGCAGACGACAACACAACACAACCCCGCACCUUUGCACCCAAAGACAUCGUCCUCCUCCACGACGGAACCUGCGCAUCCACCUGCGCCAUCUUCAGCGAACUCAUGUCCUCCCAAAUGUCCAUAUCCAGCAUCGCAGCCGGCGGACGGCCCCAAAAGGCACCCAUGCAAGCCGUCGGCGGCACCAAAGGCUCCCAAGUGCAAGGCAUGUUCAUCCUCUCCACCAUCGUUUCCGCCGUCCUCGCCGCCGCACCCCCAUCGAGCAACUUUUCUUUUCUCUCCCAGUUCGGCACCGAUAUCUUGACAGCGACCAAUCAAGCGCUUUCCCGUGCUUCGUUUGGUGGAACACUCUUGGUCAAGGCUUCUGUCAAUUUCCGCAAUAAUGUGCGUGGAGGAGAUGCUGAGCAGAUGCCGCUGCAAUAUGUUUAUCAAGCUGCGGAUUGUAGGUUCUUCUACACGGCGCAGAUGUAUGCUGAUCAAGCUGCCGUGUGGGACAAGGCGUACGAUGCCACUUGGGGAAGUAUGCAGUGUGUCGAGGGAUCUACUUCUCAUCCUUCCUCAGUAACCGGCGGUGCAAAUAUUACUGCUGGACCACCGGACACAGCAAAGAAUUUCUUUGGAGGCAAUGCAAGUAUCGCGCUAGGAAGGAACUUGGAGACUGUCUGGACAAACGGCAGUUUGGAAGAUGGAGGAGGCAAUGGCUCUGGAAACGGUAGCACCAGCUCUGGCAACGGUACGACUGAAGGAAGCAGCGACGGCGAAGGAGACGACAAGAGUGGUUCGAACGUGUUGGCGGUGCCUUUGAUCUUGACUUCGUCUCUAGCCAUCAGCGUUAUCCUGCUGUUCAUAUAG